UUUAAUCACUCACUGCCAUAGCCAUGCAAUAGCAGUGGCAUCCUCAGUCCAGUCAGACUACGGUGGGUUGAUUGUUUGUUUGUUGGCUAAAGUUGUUUUCAGUCUGAAACGAAUUGUUGUGAACGAUGGACGGAAGAGCAAUUGGCUGCGUUUAGAAUAUUUCAACGGAAUUGGUACAUUUUUUUUGAUGAGUAAAUAGCCAUUGGCAUAGAAUCGCAGAGUCAAUGUGUGAUGAAGUACAGUGACAACCGGCUAGACAGACGGCAGGUCGGUAGAUAAUCAGAUAGGCAGUGAAGCUUGAAGAAAGCUGCAUAAGAAUUUAGGGAGAACAACCGAAAAGGGUGACGGUGGUAACUGGUAAAAGCCGGUGAUUUUCGUAUGCAAAAAUAAAAAUAAAUAAAAGAUUGUGAAAUUACUGAUUCUUUUGUGGUUUAAAAAAUUUGAGAAAAAAUUUCGUGGUAUAUAAAAAACAAAUUUUUUUUUGUGUUUUUAACUGUAAAAAAAAAUCAAAUUAUUGGCAAAUUUCAGCAAACAAAGUUUACGUGAGCAAUUGUUGCGUUAAGUUUAUGCGCCUAAAAGACUAUAAAGUCUGGUAAUAAACCGGCACACACAUACACUUAACAUAUAUGUAUAAACACGCUAGUACAUAGGAAAAGGAUAAGUGAAGAGGAUAUAAGAAUUUAAGAGCACAUACACUAAAGCCAGCAGAGAGACAAAGGUUAAGUAGUAGCGAAAGCGAUGCUUAAUCUGUCAGUGUAGUGUUGUAUGUGUUAAUACGCUUGAAUAUUUGCGCAUCCUUAAAAAAAUUUUGGCUACAAGUAAUUCAAAAAUCAAUCAAAAUUCCAACUAAAAUUAAGUGCAUUAGUAUUCUUUAAAAAAUAUAUUUUUUUUGUAAAAGUGAAUCCUCGAAAAAAAUUUCCAAAGAAAUAAAAGUGCAAUAAAAGAGCAUUAAAAAACGAAAGUUCUAAAUUCCAAAAAACGAUGUAAAAUAGAUCAAAGUAAAAGAGUGUAAAAAAAAUACGUCGAAACAAACGAGCCAAAUUAUUAGAACACCAACGCUAGACAACACUAAACCUCCCCCAAAAAUAGCAUAACACCCACACAACAACAAACACACAAGCUGCCAACGACUACGACGAAGGAUCAAAGCAAAAGGAUAAUUUGGUAGCGUGUUGCGCGCCGCGGUGGGUUGCCAUACAAAAACAAAGGGCAACAAAAUCAAAAUUGCAAAAACAAAAAUACAUAAACGGAAAUAAGACUCGACGUGCAACGUGUCUGAUAAAAUCAGAAGUAAGCAACUUCAUAUCGCACAGACAGCGAACGUUGUGUUUAGCAUCUGUCGUGUCGUGGCUGCUGUGGCCGGAUAAGCAAGGAAGAACAUAAUAAUAAAAACAAAAACGAAGAUAAUAAAAAUACCUUUUUCAAUUGUCGGUAUCAGAGGAAUUGUGCAGUGCAUUAGCUUUGCUUUUUUCAUAUGUGUACGGUUAGGUGUUUGACAGCGCGCGGGGGUGUAUAAAACCAAAAAUUAAGAAAAAAAAAUUGUUGUGCUGCCAUUUACAUCUUCUGGGGACACCACUAUCUGCUAAAGGCUCGAUAAAAUAAUACAAAGACUGCAACUUUUGUAUUUUUUCACAAUCAAUAUCUUAUAAACCAGAAAAUCAAAACUAGCAACUUGGAAUUAAUUAAAACCAUUGACUGAUUUACUCUGCCAAAAACUAAGCAAACAACUUACCUACUAAGGUCUUAAAUGAAGUUAAAAAAAUAUAAAUUAACAAGUAGUUAGCAGCAAAUAAAAUUUACAAAAUCAAAACAAAUACAUUUUUGUAGCUUUUUAUAUAGAAAGAGGUUAUUUGCGCUAACAAUAAAAAUAAUAAUCACAGAAAAAUUAAACAAAAUUACCGUAAUUAUAAUCAAAAUUCAAAGUAAAUAAAUAAAAUACAAAGUGAAAAGAACGCAAGCAACAAAUUACUAAAUAAUCAGUUCCACGUCAUUUGACGUAACUUUUUUCUACCAACCAUAAUCAACAAAAAACACAUACAACAAUAAGAACAACUUCUACUCAAUAUUGGCACCGCUCGACCCUCGCAAAAACGUUCCAACACCGGUAAGCGUAGAAAGGAAUGCAGCGCUGUCCCUAUAUACAUGAGAUGCGAGAACGUUUACUGAACGAGCAGCCGCGAGAAUCAGUACCGUUGCAACAAAUGGAGCGCGCAAAUCUACUAGACAAUCGACAAUCGGCUGAUUCCAAUCAGGUCGGCACAGUGGUCAAGCUGCAUGCCGAUGGCUAUCACACGAGUCCAGCACAUCAGCGAACGCCGCUAGUGCCGCGCGAUCUGGGCGAGGAUUUCAAUUUGGAUUUUGACGAUGACUUUCCGAUCGAUGCGCGUCGGCCAAAAAAUGCCAAGGUUUGCUAUUCAAUAAAGCCAAAUCCAAAUCGAAGCUUUCUACCAGCUAAAAUCACCGUGCAUGGCACUUAUCAAACUAACAUAAUAACCGGACCAAUUGAGCUAUGGACAUCGCUUUUCAUCGUCACCAGUUUGGUGUAUGCCAUCAUUUUGAUUGUUGUCUGCAUUGCCUAUGUCAUUAGCGAUGUGACAACCCACCGUCUGCCAGUGCUCUACUAUGAAACAUUCUUUACGUACUUGUAUGGCGUCAGCAUACUCUUCCUAUUGUAUGUAUUUUGCUUCCUGCUGCAGGAGAGUUCCUGCUGUAAUGGCGGCAGUAAACCGAAACCACCACCAAAGGAGAAAAAAUCCAAGAAGAAAGUACCAGAUCCAGCCGAUUCGAAGGAUGCGAAGGGUUCCAAGGAUUCUGGCAAAAGCGGCAAACCGAGUCCAUAUCAGGAUUCUCAAGCUGAAGCCGAGGUCGCUGUCACCACGAAGAAUGUACGAAAACGCAAGACAACCCACAGUGAUCCCACACACGGCAGCUUCUUUUUGCGUGUGGGUGCAAUUGCCUUUGGUUUGGGCGGCAUGAUCUACAUUGGACUGGAGUUUGGCUCUUUCUUCGAGAUUCCUUUCGAUUCACCUUGUCAUCACAUUUUGAUUGGCGUUAAUCCAUUGUUGCAGAUGAUAUUCACCUUUAUGCAGAUGUACUUCAUAUUCAUGAAUGCCAGACUCAAUAUCCAUCGCUUCAAGGUGAUUGCACGUUUUGGACUCAUGCAUGUUGUGGCCACAAAUAUUUGCGUUUGGAUACGUACGUUGGUUAAGGAAUCACUACUCGAAAUCACACUUUAUCAUCAACGUGGUGAACCCGAUCCCGAUGCCUCGUCCAUUGCCAAGUCCAUACGUCAACAUGCACUGCGUCAUGCUGGUACAGUUCUGCGCACCCACGCCGGUCCGAAUGAGGAAUUUGAGGUGCUGGACGGCGAGGAUUUACUGCCCGCCAAUGCCUACAAAACCGACAAUGUACUCUCGAAAUUGGUGCGCAAAACUGUUGAUGGCAUCUCCAAGUCGUUGGGCAUGGGCGCUGCUGCGGGCGCUAACGCCAAUGCAGCGCUCACCACGCUGCUCACAUCCACCACCAAACCAUUGACCUCAACCAUCACCACCACCACUACCACUACUACCCCACGUUCCUAUUUCACCACACCAUCGUAUCAGUGGCAAAGCACUACUAUGGCACGCAAGUUGAAGAAGUUUAUCACGAGCACAACAGCUGCCACGACCACCACGUUGGGCACAACGCCUACCACACCGUCGACAACAACAAUGCUGGCGAGCAGCCCUAUUACCACCACGACCACAACAACUACGACCACUGAGACACCCUUCCGACAUCACUUUGAACAUUCGGCAUUUACCACUGCUGCCCCAAAUGUCGCCACCGAUUAUCUGACGUCUACUCAUGUCGCAGCAGCCGAUUUAGCUUCAACCACCGCCGAAUCGGUGUCAACCAGUUUUGGUACGGGCAUUGCUUCGUUCUUUAAUAAUUUAGUUUCGUCCACGCCCAGCACCACCGUUACCACAAGUACACCCUCUACUACCACCGAGAAUGCAUUGAAUGUAAUGACUAAUUUACUUGGUCCUGGCAUGAAUAACUUCCAAACCUAUUCGGGUAUCUCGCACCCCGAAUCAACUGGCGUUGUGAGCUUUGACAGUUUGGAGAGUCUCGAUAAUAUCUAUCCCGCCGCGCUCUCCUCCAACAUUGGUACAUUGAAUUCGACCGCUUGUGGACGUGUCGAUAUUAUGGGUACUAUUGUCUACGACUCAGCACCCUUCCUGUAUCCCUUUAUAAUCGAAUAUUCAUUAAUCGGUGCGGUUGUUUUGUAUGUAAUGUGGAAGCAUAUUGGCCGCUAUCCGGGCCGUAUGAACGAUGAGGAUUUGGAGCAUCGUUUGGAAGUGAUGUUGUCACGUCGCGCUGUCGCAAUGGCUCAUCAGGCACGUUCGGGACGUGUCGAUUGUGUGGGUUCGUCAAAAGGGUUAUUCUUUGGUCUGUUGUUGUUGGUAGGUGCUUUGAUUUGCCUGAUACUCUUCUUCGUCUUGGUGCGUCAUCAGCAGUUCUCGCUGCUAGCAAUUUACCUUGCCGACGCAAGUCAUUGCAUACUCAUGGCCUUCGCCGUGCUUGCCAUAAUCAUCGGUUUUAUAAGAGUUAAAAAUCUAAAAUUCCGCUGCGAAGAGCAAUCCAAUCUCAAUGACAUUCUUCUACGCAUUUCCGCUUUCGGUCUUUUCACUUAUUCGAUAUUUGGCGUCAUCGCCGGCAGUUUGAAGGCGCUUGAAAGCGAGCCGAAUCUUCUAGUCAUGACCACAAGCGCCGUCGCGGUAUUCCAGGUGAUCUUGCAAUUACUCUUCAUUGCCGAUGUUUCGCGUCGUCGCGUCCACUUGCCCGAGCAUGAUCGCAGCAAACCGGGCCGUCAAAUCGUCACAUUCCUGUUGAUCUGCAAUGUGGCUAUGUUUGCUAUUUACACAUUUGAAGCUCAAAAAGUAUUUGCCAAUCCUGUAAGUAGCUAUGUUCAACUUGACUUCUACGGCUUUGUGCCAUGGUCAAUAAUUCAACGCGUCACACUGCCACUCUGCAUUUUCCAUCGUUUCCACAGCGCCGUAGCACUGGCUGAGAUCUGGAAGACAACGUACAAGGCACGUUUGGAGUAAGCAGUUGCCAAGGAAGCACAUAAGAGAAGCUAAAAAACGUUAGAGCGUAUCAAAAUGGAGGUGUAGUGCCGAAUGAACGAAACUGCCAAACUGCGAAAAAGGUACCAAAAAACACGAAACAAAAACAAAAAAAAAACCAAAAGAGAAGUAAAGAAAGGUAAUUGAGGCGCAACGAAAGAGGAAGCAUAAGAGAAUAUGAAGAAAUAAUUGAAAAUAAUGCAAACACAUAACAGUAAAUACAGCAUAAAACAAUGAAAAUGUAUUACAAAACAUAUAUUUGUAGUAUGUAUGUGCGGAAAAAGAAAGCGAGCGUACAAGAGAAACGGAAAAGUGUGAACCGUGAAACGUUUAAGGACAACUUGCAGUCAAGUUGAUCGGAAAAUUAACGGUUACACGCAUACCACACAAAGCUACAUAUACAUACAAUACAACACGUACAUGAAUCCAUACACUGAGAGAUAUAAUAGCAAAGAGAGCAGAAGUGAACAGUAAUUGAAAAGCAGCAAAUGAAACAAAUGAAAAUUAAACGAUUAAGGCAAAUCAAUUUAUGCAUUGUAGUCUGACUUUGUGCAGACAAAAAGAGUUGUAUAUUUAAGUGUAAUGUUAAGAUUUUACUUAUUAAUUAUUACAAAGAAAAAUUUUGAAAAAAAAACAAACACAUAACAAUUAUUAAUUAUGAAUUAUAGUUAAGCGAGUACAAUUUGUAGAUUUUCAUGAUAAAAUUUAAUUUUUAAGUCAAUGUAAUAUUUAAUUUAUUAUGCAUAACAAACUGGAGGACAACAAUUUAACAACAACAGCAAGAAAUAAUAAAAAUAAAAGUAAUUUAUAUACAAUUUGUUGUUUUGUAGGGAGUAAAUAUUGAAAAAAAACGUUUAAUUUUUUCUUAACAGCAUUUUCCUUUACUGCUAGGCAGCCAAUGCGAUACAUUUUAAGUGCUAAGUCAUAUUUAUAAAAUACGCCGUAGAAAAUGCGCGCAGCUAGGCAAGCAGCGUAGCGCAGAAAUGCGAAUAUGUGCGGCCGCGCUGCGAAUUAUUUAGUACUUAAUUAAAAAAAAUUAUAAUUUAAAUUCUUAUGUAAAAAAUAUGAUGAUAUGGAAGAAAAGCGGAAGCAGCUAAGAAUUAAGCUAUAUCGUGCUUAAUUCUUAUUUAUUUUUAUUUAUUAUUGGCACUUUAUGUUAUUGAGUUGUACCAAAAACAAAAAAUAAAAAAAGCUUUUUAAUUAAAACACAAAAAUUUUAAUUUAAAAAUAGUAAAAAAAUUAAUAUUAAAAAUAAUUAUUUAAUUAAUUUAAAGAAAAAUUUUAUUUAAAAAAAUUAUUAUUUAAAAAAAUUAAGUAUCCAAAUUUUAAUAAAUAAAAUUUUUUUUAAUCAAUUAAUUAAACAAUUAUUUUUUCAUUAAUUUGUUUAAUUAAAAUUUUUGUUUUUAAAUUAAAAAGCGUUUUUUUUUUUUUUGGUAAACAAACUUUUUAUUAAAAAAAUAAAAACUUUUUUAAAUUAAAAAAAUUUAAUAAUAAAUUUAAAUUAAUUUUUUUUAUUAAAAAAUUUAAAUAUCAUUAAAAUAAAUUAAUUGCUUAAAAUUUAUUUGGAAAAGGAAAGAUUGUUAUUUGUGUAUAUUUUGUGAAAAAAAUCGAAUAUUUAUUUUGUGUAUUAUUUUCAAUGUAUUGCUAAUUUCAUAACAUACUACAUAUAUGUAUAUCUAACUCCCAAACAAACAAAAAAUUAUAUAAAAAUAAAAAAAUUAAUAUUACGGAUAUUGAAACUAAAGUUAUAUAUACACACAGACACCCAAACAUAUUAAUAUGAAAUAUAAUAUAAAAAUACAAUCUAAAAAAAAAAUCAUAAUAAUAAAAAAUUGUUGUUUAUUUAUUUUCUAUAAAACUGCGAAAUUAAAGGAGAAAUUGCAAAAGCAAAAUUUAUUUAUACUAAAUGGGCUUGGAGUAUAAAUUUUACUAUAUAUAAUUAAGCGUGUUAUUAGUCGUAUUUUUAAACAACCAAAUAUGAGGUGUAAGCAUAAUCUUAAUUAUUAUUGAUUAAAGCCUAUGAUAUUUGUAUGUUACAGAUAUAGAGAAGUAACCAGAGUUCGAUACACAGCUUACAGAUUAAAUGAAAUAAUCGGAACACAGAAGUAAAGCAACAAAAAGUUCACCCAACAAUCAUCAUAGAGAUAAGCACAUUCUCAGUCAUUAAUUAGUUGCUCAAUGAGAGUUGCAUACACAUUUUUUACAGUGUAGUAACGGCCUCUUUUAGGGCGAAAGCUCAUUAAAGUGAAAGCUUUGCGAAGAAAGUGGCAGAAAAUUCCAGAAAAAGCAAGAAGAGCAUUCAGAAAAGUAUACAAUUUCUUGUGAGAAACUUUCGUUAAAGUGAAAAGCUUUCAAUAAAGUGAAAAGCUUUUAUUAAAGUGAAACUUUUGCAUAAAGUGAAAGCCUUGAGUAAAAUGCAGAAGAAAAUUUAAGCGAAAGCAAGAAGAACGUUCAGAAAAGUUUUCUUGACAAAAGCUUUUAUUAAGGUGAAAGUAAGAAUUCAGAAAAGUAAUAGAAUUCUUGUGAAAACUAUAAUUUUAGUGAUAGCUUUGUGUAAAAAGAAGCACCAAAUUCGAGCGAAAGUAAGAAGAGCAUUCGGUACAGUAUCCAAAUUCUAGAAGGUUAAGUAGUUUUCAAAUAGUUUCAACAUUUAACGAAGCGAAGGCUGCGGUUAAUGAUUUCUCAUACAAAAGGUCAAACACUGUCUAGUCUUUUGGGUACUACUUUUUCCGUAAUGGAACUAAUAACGGUAAUCAGAACGAGUUGACUUGUCUUCUUAUUAGUUGCUCAGUACAAAAACAGCUUUGCAACCAAGUUAGUGUGAUAUGAGACUCUUUUAAGAACUUUUAAGCAUUGUUUUACUAAGUCAUAAGAAAUUGUGUCUUGGAACUUAAGCACAAUCUUUACAGAGAGCCUUUGAAAUUAUUCAAAAAGUGGUUUGCUUUAAGUCAAAGAGUUGCUCAACUGAUAUUUAAGCUUUUCAUAUUUAUUUUAUUUGAAUACUGAAAGCUUCACACCUAUUGCCGUAGAGGCCAAACAAAAAAUUGCUCUCGUAGGAACUUUUAAGGUCGGAUUAAAGGGAUUAAAGGUCGAAAAUACAUUUACAAUAAUUCCCCAUAAAGGCAUUGAGUAAGUACAAUGAGCACGAUUCAUAUAAAUAACCGACCAGAGUUGUCUGCAUCACAAAAAAAAAUCAUAACAACAAAAAUCAUGAAUAUCAUCACAACACAACAACAACAGCACUGCACUCACGAAGAAGGUUGAAAAAGUAAGUUUGAAAAGUAAAAGCAGCAGGUAGGAAAAACACAGAAGAAACUUUAGAAAUACAUACAUACAUUCAUACAUAGUAAAUAACAACAAUAAACUGUGAUCAAUUGACAUUUAUAUAAUUUCAAUAAAAACUUUUUUUUGGGUAUUGCGCAGACACAGCAGGCAGAGAGUUUAGAAUUAUAAAAGAAUUGGCAAUUGGCAGUACAAUGAAAUGAAAGGUGAAAGAAAAAACGAUAAAUUAAAAUACCUACAUUAAAUUUGAACCAGAGUUUUUUAGUAGUUAUGAACAUUUUUUUAUAUAAACACGCAGGUGGGAAACAAAAAAAAUUAUAUUAAUUGUGUAAUUAAAUUAUGGAAAUUGCAAGAAAAUGAAAUUUGUAAUUAAAAACUAAAACAAAAUAUCUUCUUAAAAGUUACAAAAAAGCAAAGCCGGAAAAGUGUAAGUAAUAAAAAAUAUAUAAAAAAAUUAAAACAAAAAUUAAAAUAAAUUAAAGUAAUCAACUUUUUUAAAUGUCCAUUUUGAAUAUUAGUAGUGAACUUUAAAUGAUAAAAUCUAUGAACAACAACACAAACAACAGCAUUAUACAUACAUAAAUAUUGAAUAUGUUUAUAGCUGCGAAAAGGGCGCGCAGGAAAAUUGUUGCAUUUUGUCGUAAACCAAAAACAAAAACGAACUAUAUACGAAAUUAGCAAAAGAAGCGAAAGAAAAAUUUGUAAGAAAAAAUAUCUAAAAACUGUUUACAUGUAACCUAUUGAAAACAAAAACAACAACAAAUAAAACAGCAAAGCAAAAACAAAGAAAAUUACAACAAAAACAUAAACAAAAUUACAAAAAAAAAAUUCCAAAAACCAAACCAAAAUUACCACAAAAAAAACAUUCUAAAACAUACUGAAAGCAUUUAAUAAUACAAAGAAAAAUAUUAUAUUGGCGACACACUCGUACUUACAAAAACAAAAGCAACAAAAAUAUUAGCGAAAUAUGUGAAAAUGUUUUUUUCAAACAAUUGUGAAAUAAAUUAUAUACUUAUAUAUACAGACAUAAUAUAUAAAGUUUACCAGAAACCCACCAAUUUCAAAGUAUUACAUACAUGCGAACAUUUCUUACAAACGAGUUAUACACGUAAAUGUAGAAAAACAACAACAACAAAAGCAGCAACAAUAUAUAAACAGCUAAAAGCGUUGCACUUAUUUUGAAAAACAAAAACAAAUAUGAUAGUAUUCAAAGCAUUCAAGCGAACACAUUUUCAAGUGGGAGAAAAUAUGCUCGGAAAAAAUAUAUUGUAGUGGCGAUCGAGUAUUCAUAUUUCAUGUGUCUCAAUUCAUGCAACAUAACUUAAAAAUUUAUACAAAUUCAAUAUUUUCAAUUACAUGAAGCACCAAAAUUCAUAAACCAUUUCAACAAACGAAAUUCAAUCAAACCUACAAAAAACCUUAAACAAGCUUUGCAGAGAGCUUAAAUCGUUGCUCGCGUUCUCCCACAUCAUGAUAAAGAUUUUUUUCGAUUUUUGCAAUUUUUCGACUGAAGUCAUCAAUUUCCAUACUGGCAUAGCAUUUUCACCAUCAAUAACACCAUCAAUAAACACGUAUGAACACUGCCGUUUAUAUAUAAAUUUGUACAUUUAUAUAUAUUUACAUACAUACAGCCCACAUAUUAAAGACAUUUUGCAACAUCAUUUGUGAAAGAUAAGAUGAAUUGCAAAAAAAGCUCUCAAAAUUUCUAACUAAAACCAGAUAUUGUAAGUUCAGCAUGAAAAUCGCUACUCCAUUUCCACACGACCAAAAUUAAAAUUUUUAUUUCUUCUUGUUGAAAAUAUAAUAUAUUCCUAUUUUACCAUGUUUAAUAGCUGCUCUUACGAAUUUAUCAGAAGAUUCUAAAACAGUUGAAAACUUAUAAGUUUUUGAGGCAUAACAAAAAAGCUGGCCUACAUUUCGGCGCAGUGAUAUAAUAUGAUAAGAAAUAUGAGAGACUUGCAAGCUUCAUAUAAAUAAAAUGACGAGAGAAAAUAAAAAAGGUGAACGAUAGUAUAUGAAGUAUGUGAGAAAGUCAUUAUGCACUGAAAAUUAGCAGUGCUUAGUUUUAUGAUAUUUGACAAAUAUUGCGUGGUGGUUUUUUAAAACUUUCGUAAGUUCUACUUAUCAUCAAACUUUGUUGGCUUAGCAUGAAAAUCGCUACUCCAUUUCGCCACGAGCAAAACUGCAAAAUACAAUUUUUUUGAGAACUUCCUGAUUAUAUUGAUGCUUUUUCUAUUUUUACGCUAUUGCUGAAAAAUUUCAAAAUAUUUAAAAAUUUUGGAGAUCUAUCAGGCAAACUAAAAAAGCUGGCCUACAUUUCAGCGCUAAGACAUAAAGUCAUGAUAUUUAGGAGAUAAUUGUAAACUUCAUUUCAAUAAAAAUUCAAGACAAAACUAUAUAAAAGUGAAAGAGAGUAAUUGAAUUAUGAAAGAAAGUCAUGAUACUCUAAAAAUUUUAGUGUAGAGCUUAUUUCGAUGAUAUUAAAAGAGAAUUGUGAUGUUGAAAUACUGAAAAUUUCAUAACUUGAUUUAUUUCUCCUCAUUUAAUGGUAAAAUGUUUAAAAAUCAUACUGGAGAAUUUAGAAGAUUUAACAGACUAUGAAUAAAAAAAAAAUUAUAAUACAAAUAUCAUUGCCUACAUUUCAGCGCAAUGACAAAAUUCAUUACAAAAAAAAACAACUCAAUUAUGUGGCGUCAAAUAAUCCUCAUUUUAGCUCAAUAUAUUUCCAAAGCAAAUUAUUUUUCAAUGGCAAUCCUACAGCUGCUCCGGCAUAUGAGUAUAAUAAAUUUUUAAGGAACAUAAGUCAUUCAUCGUCGAGUCAGUGUUUAGCAAGAUACUUUUUCUAGUACUUUGCAAGUGUUAAAUUUUAUAUCUCGAAAGCGAUUUUAAAAAUACUGUUCUGUAAUAUUAACAUUAGGUUGGUCUAAAGAGGUUAACUAUCUUCAAAACUGAAAUUUUUGCUCAAAAUCUGACGUGACACAAUCAGAUAACAGAACAGUAGAAUUCAAGUCGGCGGUCGAAUUACUUUGAUGAUCCUUUGGAUAAAACACAAAAAAACUUGUCAAAGAAAUUUGAAUAAUUCAAGAGAGAUUGCAAAUGAUAUAGACUAUUCAAAACGUCCGUAAUGAAUUGAAAUGUUUGGGUUUGGAUUAAAAAUAAACAUUUAAUAUAUUUGACUGAUCGGUGUCGAAAAUAUUGAAUAUAUAAAAGUUAUAAGUAUUUUUAAAAAAUUGUAUAACAUUUUUUUAUCCUGAAAUACCUAGGAUAUUUUAAUACAGUUAAAACAGUUUUUGUUUUAUUUUUUGUUUCCGAAACUCUGAGGAGAAGUUUUCAAAAUUGAUUUCGAAUAAAAAAAUAUCAGUCGUUUUUUUUUAAAUUGUUUAAUCUCUUUGUAAAAGCAGCUAUAACAUUGCAUAAAAACUUUAAUUAUUCAAGAAAGCUCGACUUGUUCAAUACAAACGCCAAAAAUUAUGCUAUCUAAAACUAAGAUUAGUAGCGCAGCUUUCACAAAAUGUAUAGCAAGUGAGAAAAUAAAAUUUUACUUAGUACAAUUCAAACUCCGAAUCAUAGAAGAAAGUAUAUGUAUAUGUUAAAUAUAAAACCGCAUAAAUACAUCUUACUAUUAUACAUAUAUGCAGAAAGAAGAGAAAAAAAAACAUUUAAAAAUAAUAGAUUUAAAUUAAAUAAAUAUGAGCGCUAAAAAAUAAUAAAAUAUUCAAAAUAAUUUUUUUUUUCAAUAUUUCUUAUAUAAAAAGAGCAAAAGGUUAAUGCAGCUCAAGUUUUUAUUUAAAAAACACUUUAGAAAACUUGUAUGUAUGUAUAUGUUGAGAGUUAAAGAAAAAAUGAAGCAUACUUAAAGGCGUGCAGCAUAUUCAAAUUAAGCAAAUGUUGUUAUGAGUAACUGAAAAAUGUUUAAAGAUGUAAACAAAAAUGUAAACGAAACAACAAAAUAAAUUUGUAAACAAUAUUUUGCAGAUUAAAUGUUAAAAAAAAAUAUAUUGUAAUAAAGAAUGAAAAUGAGCGCAGUUAAGUGAAAAGCAAUGCGAUACUUUGCUACAUAUUAUAGCUAUGAUGCGCUUUCCCUGCUCCCCGCAUACCUUCAAACCACAUUAAAUACGGCAGUUUAUAUAGUCGACUUACUUCAAUUCAAAUGAUAAUGAGUAAAGGAAUUAGAACAGCAAGACGAACGAGGAGAAGAGAAAAGUGCAAUAGCUACAACUCAAAAAGGACAUAUAUAAAAUAAAAAAUAAUAUAUAAAACAUAAAAGUAAAUAACAAACAAAGACAAAUUGUAAUCCAUUUCUUAAAUAGUGAACAUUUUGCACGCGAUUAGCGAGACAAACAACAUCUCAGCAGAUAAAAAAAGAGCAACCAUAGCAUAUAUACAGGCGACACAUAUACAACUAAAAAGGCAAACAAAAAAUAUCGAAAGAGUAUAUAGCAACAGUAAAAAGGCAUAUUAGCGAAAAAGUAAGAAUGAGAAGUAAAUGGCUCGAGGACAAUGAUCUUCUUGGCAUAAACGAAACGCCUGCAUUCGAAUGUCAGCCAAAAACGAACAAAGUAAAAUAUCUAAAAAAUAGCAAAUAAAGAGCGAUUCAAGCAUCAUAAAAUAGUUCAACUCGAUUCUAUAUAAAAAAUUAGUAUACAAUAUAUAUAUGUAUAUGUAUGUACAAGUACUAAAUGAAUAUACUACAUAUAAAUAUGUAUGUAUGUAUAUGUUCGAUGAGGACAAAGUAUGAAAUGAUAUUGUAUUUGUAGUGUAGCAAAUGUAAAGCGUACGCUUCAAGGCACACACACACCGAUACAGACACGCAUAUAAAGACAGGAGACACAGAAACGAACGAAACAUACAAGAGAGCUGAAACGACAAGCGGCUGAGUACUUGAAAGGAUUAUAACAGGAUAUGAAAGACGCUCACGAACUUGACCGACAAAGGAGAGUGAUGAGAAAACAAAAAUCGAUAACAAACAAAAGCAAGAACAACAAACUCAAUUACAGCUAGACAUACAAGUACCAUAAAACAUACAAAUCAUACAAACAAACAUACACCAAAUUGAAGCAUUAAUUUUAAAUUCGAAUAAAAUAAAAUUAAUAAAUUUAAAA